AUGGCGGCCGACCUGCCAGUCGAUUCCCGACACGACCGUCGCGGAUCUCGAGGCCUUGACAAUUCAACCGCGCCGAGUUUCGACUCUGCCCUGGAUCCCACUAUCAGACAGCUAUUUGAACAACAGGCCGCGAUCCAGGCGAAGCUAGCCGCACUACUGCCAGCCAGACAUGUCCCGAACUCGAGACUCGAGCUUGACAUGCUGCGCCGCAAGCUGAGAGCACUCGAGGCAUAUGCAGACAACCAAAAUUUUACGGCAGCAUCGCCGAUAUUAUCUGAAGCUGAAGAGGCUCGAGCUUUGCAGUAUAAGUGCGAGUGCAUAGAAAGUUAUUUCAUAAGCCAAGGUGUCAACGUCCUAGACCAAAAUUUCCUGGAGGCCUUGAAGCUCUACCCGCAAGAGGAUGCCACCCCUGACUACGGCUCCUGGCUCGACAAAAACCUCUCCUAUUAUGACCCCAUCUUCCGAGGACUGAGGACAAGAGAGUCGCCUCCACCCAAUCCCUGGGGUCAAACUCCGUUCAAAUGUUUAGACGACCGAUGCAUCAACUAUAUCUAUGGCUUCCUCAAUGUUGAGGACCGUGAUCGACACUUACGGGACCAUGAGACACCCGUGAAAAGAGAUUCCGGCCUCUCGGUUGGCAGCGCCCCUCACACCAUCUAUCAGGGCCAGGGAACCUCUAGAUUCUUUCCCGGAGAGCACGAACAAAAGAGCUCACCAGUGUCUCUGCCUCGCCUGCUUGUUCCUUCAACCUUACCCCCGUUGGUUACAGUCAAUGCGCCAAGUGAUAGGCGCGACUCGCUGCUUGCUUAUUCCUUCACGAACGAGUUCCAUGGCCAGCCUAGGGGCUCGGUAGACUCAGAGGUAGAUCCUCUAUUGCCGCCCCUGAAAAGGAGCCGCGUCGGACACUCUCGGCUGGAAUCUAUUGGCGAACUUAGACUUCGUGAGACUGGACCUUGCCUCCGUUGCAAAGUCCAAGCGAAACCGUGUGAUUCGCAAGACAGCUGUACCUACUGUUCUGAGCCUCCCACAUCACCAGAGGACGACUUUUGGCAUUUACUAGGCUGUCAAAGAACUUCGUUGGCCGCGCUAGCCGACUACAUGUUACCAGAACUACUCUCGCCAAGGCAGGUACAGACUCCUGUCACGUCUCCGAUGGCGCGGCGGCGGAACAUGAAUGACUACCUGGAGCGGACAUACAUCAUGAAUCCCGGUGUGGCAGAACUGGUCAAAUCCCACCUGGAUUUCGAUGACGGAUUCUGGUGGACUGAAGACCUGGCUUCGUUACCGAUAGCGAAUCCCACAACCGCUACAUACGCGAAAGGGCCAAUAGACCGGCCUCCACCCGUACUUAAAGUCCUCGCAGCGAGCUGGAACACAGAGGGCAUCCCAUUUCGUUUUUGGGACUUAUUCAAGUUGAGUGGCUAUCUAUCCGGGAAUCGCGAGACAGAAAAACAAGCAUACCCGGUCCUGUAUCGAGCAAAACUGUUACUGCGAGAGAUCCUCUUCUAUGACUUACAGCAGCCGGAGCCAUCUACCCGAACGGAUGUCAAUGUAUCGAACGCGCAACUACUACCAGAUGACAUGGACUACGACGGCCGGAAUCGACUGAUAUAUAACUUAUCAACCCCAUCCCGGAAUCUUGCAACUCCGACCCAGGCAAUGUCUCCUGGGGCAGUCGCAAUGCACAGUGUGUACAAAGUCCUCGUUAGCGUUUUCUCAUGGUCAACGCCGAUGAUACUGGACGAUGCAGCUUUUGAGAUGGACGAAAACGACAGGUUCCUCUUCACGACCACAGCUGAUGCCAUUCGCAAAGACACAUGGGUGCCAAUGGGGAUCCACUCGACCAGGGACUUCCUACUUGGUCUUGGAAGUGGCUACCUUGCCGACAACCUAGGCUUCAACGGGUUCUUUCGGCAGAGGACGCCAGUCUACAAGGCGAUAUCGUACCAGCCAGUGGCUGUGGGAAAUCAGCCGUCAGAGCCACGCAAGCCAGGGCCAGAGUGGCGCCCUAUCGACGGUUGGAGCCAAAGGAGUGAAGUUGACCUUUCUGCGCCGAACUACGGCCUGGAACCGGCGAGGAGACACACCGUCGGGGAAAGUCCUGCAUUCACGCGGGCUAUUUCUAGGGGUCUCGCUUCUCCGAGUAAGCUGAGAACAUCUUAUCAAAGACCACCUCUGCGGCGCGUCUUUUGCGGCAAGUGUAACGAAUACCCCGAAGGAUUCCGCGGCGAGCACGAACUACGACGCCAUACGGAUGCUAAGCAUGCGGCACUGGUAAAGCGAUGGGUCUGUACGGAACCCCAAAGCCUCAGUGCGGGCUCACCCCAGCCUGUAGUUCCGCUAGCCAAAUGCAAAGCCUGUGUCACACAGAAACGCUAUGGUGCUUACUAUAAUGCAGCAGCGCACCUGCGACGAGCCCACUUCAACCCACAUCGAGGCGGGAAAGCCAGUGGUGAUUGGCCCCCUAUGACCAUCCUGAAGGACUGGAUGCGAGAGGUGCGCCAGUCUAUCGACGUAAAUGAGAAUGACGAUUCGAGUGGGGACGAAGACAACGACGUCAGGAUGCUUGAGGAGUAUACGCUACCUCGAGCACCAUCCUUUCCAGAAGUGCCUCGACUGGCUCCGGCGCCAGCACCUCAGGGGCAGCUCAUUGCACCCUCGAUAGCGCCAUCGAUAGCGCCGUCCCUGGACAGUACCGUCCACAGCAGUCCCAUUACGCCCAAAGUAGAAGACAACAGGAACCGAUGUCCGCAUCCGGACUGCGGGCGUGUCUUUAAGGACCUGGCCGCACACAUGCUCACUCAUCAGGAGGAGCGCCCGGAGAAGUGCCCCAUUGAGUCCUGUGAAUAUCACACCAAGGGAUUUGCGCGGAAGUACGACAAGAACCGGCAUGCCCUGACACACUACAAGGGCACCAUGGUGUGUCCCUUCUGCCCGGGUCCCGGGACAGCCUACGAGAAGGCCUUCAAUCGGGCCGACGUCUUCAAGCGGCACCUGACCGCCGUUCACAACGUAGAGCAGACGCCGCCCAACAGCCGGAAGAUGAUCGUCAGCAACAGCAGCCGCAGCGGGGACGCGCGCUGUUCCAUCUGCCAGGCCCGCUUCUCGACGGCGCAGGAGUUCUAUGAGCACCUGGACGACUGCGUGCUCAACGUGAUCGUGCCGACGACUCCCAAGCCGUCGACGGGGUCUCAACCGGCGUCAUCCCCCAGCAAGGGCGACGACAGGGCCGCCAGUGUAGUAGUAGUCGCGAUGGACGAAUACGAUGAAAGGAGUCAAGAUGAUGAUAUCAACGACAGUAAGGAGGCCUCGGCGCUGGCCUCGGAAGCCGCGGACCCCGGCAAGGUGGACAAAAUGGAUCUGGAUUCGGAUAGGGAGAAGGAACAGGAUGGGUAA